AUGUUGUGCAAGUCUACUACUACUAUAAACUACUUCAUACACAAGCCACCGUUCCUACUUCACAUUGUUGUGAAGCACACGGUGGACAUCGUCGGCAACUCAAGGUCGUUGACAAUCAACCCUGACCGCCCUCUUGAUCCCCUGUGGACAUUCUCCACCGCUUCAACAACUGCUGCGGAGGCGGCGGCGGCGGCGGCGGCGGCUCGUAUCCCCACCACCACUACACACAAUCCUGACGCACCGUCAAACAGAAAACUCACCACCGCCAGCACAAGUGGUGUGGAUUCGGCCCAAGCCUGUCCUCAUUGCGACCACACAUUCACCCCACCCAAGGGCUUGGUUGGUCACUUACAAAUCCAUUUCACAGAGACUGGUGAAUCAGUGCCUUGA